AUGUCAUCCGUCAAACGCCUGGUGUUUGCCGUCGUCCAUUUCCUCCGGGAGCAGAGCCAGAUGGGCAGCUACACUUCCGACGAACAAGAGAGCUUGGAAGUUGCGAUUCAGUGCUUGGAGACGGUUUUCAAGAUCAGCCCAGAAGACAGUGACCUGGCAGUGGGCCAGCCCCUGAUGGAAAUGUUCACCAACUCGUUCUGCAAGAAUGACAUUCUGCCCCUCUCCAACUCUCUGCCAGAAGAUGUGGAAAAAGCUGACCAGCUGAAGGAUGAAGGAAAUAACCACAUGAAGGAAGAGAAUUACGGGGCGGCGGUGGACUGUUACACCCAGGCCAUCGAGCUGGACCCAAAGAACGCGGUUUACUACUGCAAUCGGGCUGCAGCUCAGAGUAAGCUGAACCGCUACACGGAAGCCAUCAAGGACUGCGAGAGAGCGAUAGCAAUAGACGCAAAGUACAGCAAGGCCUACGGGAGAAUGGGGCUGGCCUUGACCGCCAUGAACAAGUACGAGGAGGCCAUCGCCAGUUACCAAAAAGCCCUGGCUCUCGACCCGGAAAACGACUCCUACAAGUCGAACUUGAAAAUCGCCGAGCAGAAACUGAGGGAGGUGUCGAGCCCUACAGGAACAGGACUGAGCUUUGACAUGGCCAGCUUGAUCAACAACCCGGCGUUCAUCAGCAUGGCGGCAAGUUUGGUGCAGAAUCCUCAAGUGCAGCAGCUGAUGUCCGGGAUGAUGACCAACGCUAUCGGGGGUCCGGCUGCCGGCGUCGGGGGCCUGACGGAUCUGUCCAGCCUCAUCCAAGCGGGGCAGCAAUUUGCCCAGCAGAUCCAGCAGCAGAACCCCGAGCUCAUAGAGCAGCUGCGUAACCACGUCCGAAGCCGAUCGUUCAGCGGCAGCGCGGCCGAGCACUCCUGAUCCGUUCCCCCUCCUCCUCCUCCUCCUCCUCCUCCUCUCCCCCGUCCUCUCCCUUACCCCCCCCCCCCCGACCCCCUCCCCCGGAGCCCCCGCCGCGGACGGUCGCCAGCCCCACCGUGCUCCCUUUGGCGGCGAAGAGAACCAAGAAUCGGUCCCGAGCACGUGUGUCAGCGCCGCGGCUGGGGCCGGGGAAGGAGCCCGGCAUGCGUUCGUUCGGUCCGAUCGGUCCGUUAGAAAAUCGAGUCGCCCCCUCCCCGUGUCUGUGCAGUGCAGUGUCGCCACCGCUGUAGAGGACGUGAGCCCGCCCCCACCACCAUCCAAGCUCCAGCCCCCGCUCCGGGUCGUAGUGGACGUCAGGCCUCAGCCUCUCCCCUUCUACUAAAGCCGGGCCGGGGCUCUGUUCCCGUCAUAGUGGGAGUCUCUGAUUUCUGAGCCUCCCCGCACCCCAGGUAAACGAGCGUCGAUCCUCCGGUCUCCUGGCCGUCAUCACCCCGGGCCAUCGAGGGAGGGAGGGGUGGCUGAGAAAGAGAAGUUGGCGGGAGAAAGCUGAACGGGAGGAAGGAGGGGAGGUAGAGGCCAGGAAGAAGGGCCGAGGGGGUCGGUCCCCCCGACCCCACGUCGUAGCGUAGAGGGCUGCUGGGCCACGGAAUUAAGGGAGUCCACACAGCCCCCUCGACGAGCGGCAGACACCCGGCCGGGGCGGCCCGCCUUCGAACCGAACCGAAAGCGAGUUGUCACGGCCAAGUCAAUCAACCCUCGCUCGGUUAAGGAUUUCCCAAGUGCGUUUCAUUCGGCUCCGAUCGGGAUCGAUUUUUUGAGCUCACGGUGGAUUUGAAACAAUUUUAGGGGUAGCUGUCCCGCCCCGAUGUCAGAGUCCGUGUCUCCUCUUCUUCGGCCCGAUCUCCCGGAGACCAAGGUUUCCACUGAGGGUUGGGUGGGGAAGGGGGCAGGAAAUGAGGGGAGUAGAAGGGUUGGAGGGGCCGGAGGGGUAGUUUCGCUCCAAGAAGCAGCCUCGCUCGGCGGACGGGGGCCCAGUUGGGGUUCACGUCCCAGUGCCGACUGCCCUCCGGGGCCUCGGGACGGAUGGGCAACCGGGGAAGAGGACAAAGCACUUUAGAGAGCAAGUUCUAGAGCAAAGCCUGGGACAACUUCCCCACCCGGGACCUCAGACUCUCCGCUUUCAGCAGGGGAAAAGACUGACGGCGGAGAAGGAGAGACAAGCCAGAGAUCCAGUAGUUUCUAGGCGGGAAAGAGAGGGAGGCGGUCCUUGUCCGCGUCACGCGGGGACAAUCUGGAGCUGGAUGAACGCUCAGGGCAUUUUGCAGACAGGAACCCCGACCCCUUCCUAACUCAGUGGCUUUGGGUCUCCCGUCCCGACUAUGACCCCUCUCGCGGCCUCCCCCUUGCCCCGGGUGACUGAGCCCUUCCCCGACGGCAAGUCCCUGGGGGAGAAGCGAGAGGCCGGGGCUUGAUCCUGCUGAAAAAUGUCCGGUAAGAGUAUACCAAAAUACCGAAUUAGAAGUGAUUACCCUUCAGACGUAUCAAAAAGCCAUGAAACGAACCCCGACCCACUUCGUCUCCCCCACUGCCGCUAAUAAUCAUUCAAUCCUAUUCCAGCGCUAACCGGUCAAACCCCGAGACCCGUUGCCCGCCCGUCUUCAGCCACGUUCCCCGUCACACGUUUUUCACUCAUCUCUCUGCAAAGAUGUUUCCGCUUUCCAACGACUUAGUGAUGCGGGAUCAAGACGGGCGGACGGGUCAGGUCCGUGAAACCCGGCGGCUCCGGGACGCGAGGUGCGGCCGUGCUUUUUGUAACCAUUUUGAUCUGUACCAAAUUUCUCAUCUGCAGCGUGUACGGGGAGAACGCCCCUCGUUUCUCACGCUGCUGUUUUUACAGCAUUUGGCUCUGGCCAGAGGGGUGUGAAGGUCCCCGCCUUUCACGAGUGAACAGAUGAUGCUUUCUAGUCACCCCAAAACCACACAAAGGUAGCAGUUCCACCCUUGUCCCCCCAAGCUCACUAAAUGAAAUUAGGGAAAAGACAGAAGGAUCACACAAUAGCAAACGUAUGUGAUUGGUGUACAAGUGGACGAAAAAAACUGCCUCUACAGCGGCUAAACAGUUGUGCUUGGUCAUUAUUUCACUUAAUCGUUCUGGAUGAGGAAAGCCCGACUUUCUGGUUUUACACUAACUGCACUUUAUUUUGCACUACGAGAACAUUUCAUACCGGUGGUUCCAGUUAGCGGAAAGCCACUCUUUCAAGUAAAUAUCGCUCUCAUUUUAGACGCCAGUUUCUCACGGAAAGUAAUAAACAAGUAUGCGUUGAAGGCUU